AUGACGCCGUCAAAGAGGAGAGCUGCAUCGCCAUCGCCGUCAAAAUUGCGGGCUUCGUCUCUGCCCCCGUUUUUCUCCGCUGGAUACGAAAGGGCAUCGCCGCUAGACGUGAGUUAUCACCGCCCUGCUCUCAGUCUCAAAUCUGCGGAUCAACGCGCAAGCCACAGCGAACGAUGGUGGCCACGGCCGGCUCCGAGACAUGGGGCUUCGCAGUACGUUGCUGGCAGCCACCACGCCACACAAACCUCACGACUGUACCCACUAACGCUCUCGUCGCUGCAGGACUCGAACCAGUUCUUCCGCGCGCUCUUCUGGCGGCUGGAGAACGCGCCGCCCGUGCACAGCUCGCCGAUCAUCCGCAAGCCCACGCAGAGCAGCAGCGGCGCCGCCGCGUGGCCCGUGCUCUUCGAGCGGCUGCAGCAGCUGGACCAGCUCUUCCAGGCCUGGCACGAGCAGCUCCGGGACCUGUUCACGUGGCACGCACACGCGGCCCAGCGCGAACAGCAAGUUGAACAGGAUGCAAAAGAGGCGAGCACCUCCCCCGAGCGACUGCGAGGCAAGAGCAUGGACGAGACCGCGUCCGAGAUCGAGGACGGAUACUCGUCCGAGGAGGAAGGGCCAGGGGAGCGCUCAACGCUGAGGAGGAGGUGCUCUCGACCUCGCAGCCAGACGCUGUCGGAUUGCCACUUGGAGGCGAACAGCAACCGCAAGCAGCUCGCACCAAUUGGAGCCAAGGCCAAUGCUAAGAUCCAUGUCGGCAACAACCAGGGCGUGGUGGUGCGGCCGCCGGCCAUGCAGAUCUGCAUCAUGAUCGUCGGCACCAGAGGCGACGUGCAGCCGUUCCUCGCCAUCGCGAAACGCCUGCAGCAGGACGGACACCGCGUGCGGCUCGCCACGCACACCAUCUACCGCGAGUUCGUGACCAGCCGCGGCGUCGAGUUCUACCCGCUGGGUGGCGACCCGAAGGAGCUCGCGGCGUACAUGGUGAAGACCGGAGGGCGACUCAUCCCGCCGCUCAAGCUGGAGACGCUGCAGAAGGACGUCCCGAGGCAGAUGCAGAUGCUGGAGGAGAUCUUGCAGUCGACGUGGCCCGCCGUGUCGGCCCCCGAUCCGGACGGCAAGGCGCCGGGCGUCCCUGGUCAACCGUUUCGUGCGCAAGCCAUCAUUUCCAACCCAGUCACCUACGGACACAUUCACGUUGCAGAGAAGCUCGGCGUGCCGCUGCAUAUCAUGUUCCCGCAGCCGUGGGUGCCCACGGUGGCGUUUCCCCACCCGAUGUCGAACCUGCCGUACCAGGACAAACCGCAGCGGAGAAAUUAUCUGUCGUACAAGCUCGUGGAUCUAUUGAUGUGGGAGGGCACGGAGCGCAUCGUGAACACCUUUAGAAGCGACGUGCUGGGUCUACCACGCAUCCGAAAGGGCGGUCGAGGGCGAGAAAUGUUGCUGGAUCUGGAUAUCCCGCACUCGUUCAUGUGGAGUCCGGCGCUCGUGCCCAAACCUUUCGACUGGGGCGACUUGUACGACGUCGUUGGCACCGUCACGCUCAAAGGCGAAGACUCAUCGUACACGCCGUCACCGGAGCUGGAGGCGUUCCUCGACGACGGAGGACCCAUCUUCGUCGGGUUCGGAUCGAUGGUGCUGGAAGACCCACGCGCCACGACGCAGAUGAUCAUCGAAGCAGCGAAGCAAGCGAACGUCCGAGUGCUGAUCCAAUCCAGCUGGACGGACAUGGCUGGUGACCUCGAUAUCCCCGACAACGUCUUCUUCAUCGGGAACUGCCCGCACGAUUGGCUGUUGCCUCGAUGCUCCGCGGUCGUGCACCACGGCGGUGCUGGCACUACUGCCGGUGGUCUCCUGGCUGGUAAGCCUACGUUCAUCGUGCCGUUCUUCGGAGACCAACCGUUCUGGGGCCGCGCUGUCGUGAAAGCUGGCGUAGGUGUGGACCCCUGCCCGAUCCAUGAGCUGACGACGAAGAAGCUCCGUGCUGCGUUUGAGGAGCUGCAGAGCCCUUUCCUGCGCAACCGCGCGCAGAGACUCCAGAAGAGGAUGCAGGGCGAGGAUGGCGCCGAGGAGGCAGUGAAGAGCUUCUACCGACACCUGCCGCUGCGGCGCAUGAGGUGCGACCUGGACCAUGAAGGCAUGGCCACCAAGUGGAGUCGACGCGACAGAGUCAAGUUCUGCGAGCGCUGCAGCGCUGCGAGGCGCUCGUGUCCCGGCAGCGACUGCAAGGACGAAGUCGAGUACCGAUCCGUGGACUACGCGGCGCGAGGCCAGGAGCUGGCGAGCAUCACGCGCUUCACAUGCGGGCCGUCAGCCCCAGGCGCUGCCGUAAUCCUGCAAGAGGUGGGCUGGGCCAUCGCGUGCAUGAACCACAUCGGCGGCGUGGUGAGGGACAUCAGCCAGUUCCUGCUGCUCUCGUGCUUCACGUCCUGGGACGUCGUGCCCGUCAGAGAAUCGACUCGAUCACUCAAAGUCAUGCAGUCAUUGCAGUGUAGCCAUAUUACGGGCCCAGCGCCCAUCUCAAUGGAAUCCGCGUCAACCCUCGUUUUGAUUAGGCCACAGGGCAGUGCCGCAUUUUCACUUCCACUCUCCUCGACUAACCACCCUCAAGUCCAGUCAAGCCUCGGACGCUCGAUGCCGCACGAGUGCAAGUUCCACGCGUGGAACCAGCGCUUCCGCGCGGCGUUCCACAAGGAGUCGACGACGCUGGCGAUCGCGCCGCCGUCCCCCGUGCAGAGCGCGCUGGAGGACGUGCGCACGGCGGGCAUCGCAGUGCACGGACCCGACGGCCGCAUCCGGCUGGACGUGGCCGAGGAGGAGGAGAUCGACCUGGACGCACUGCGCCGGCGGUCGCACACCACAGUGGAGAGCGACGACGACCUCACGCCGCUCGAGGGCGACGCGCUGCCGCCCGUGCUCAACGUCUGCAUCAUGAUCGUGGGCACCAGGGGCGACGUGCAGCCGUUCCUGGCCAUCGCCCAGCGCCUGCAGAGGGACGGACACCGCGUGCGGCUGGCCACGCACGCCAUCUACAGAGACUUUGUGACCAGCCACGGGGUAGAAUUCUACCCGCUGGGUGGAGACCCCAAGGAGCUGGCCACCUACAUGGUCAAGACCGGCGGCCACCUCAUCCCCACCAAGAUCGAGACGCUGCAGAAGGACGUGCCGCGCAACAUGCAGAUGAUCGAGGAGAUCCUCCACUCCACGUGGCCCGCAGUGUCGGCCGCUGACCCGGAAGGAGGCGGCCCCGGCGUGCGUGGCAAACCCUUCAGAGUGCAGGCCAUCAUCUCCAACCCCGUCACCUACGGCCAUAUUCAUGUGGCCGAGCGGCUUGGAGUGCCGCUGCACAUCAUGUUCCCGCAGCCGUGGGUGCCCACGACGGCGUUUCCGCAUCCGUUGGCCAACAUGCCGUACACCGGCAAGAAGCAGAAGAGGAACUACCUGUCGUACAAGCUCGUGGAUCUACUGAUGUGGCAGGGGACGGAAGGCCUGGUGAACGAGUUCCGCACGGAAGUUCUGGGGCUGCGCAAGAUCCGCAAGGGCGACGGAGGCCGCGACAUUCUCCUGGACUUGCACAUCCCGCACGCGUUCAUGUGGAGUUCGGAGCUCGUGCCGAAGCCCAAAGACUGGGGCGACCUCUACGAUGUCGUGGGUACUGUGACCUUGAAGGGGACGGCGUCGACGUACACGCCUUCGCCAGAGUUGGAGGACUUUCUGGGCAGUGACGGCGGUCCGAUCUUCGUUGGCUUUGGGUCCAUGGUGCUGGACGACCCGCGCGCGACGACUAAGAUGAUCAUUGAAGCUGCGAAGCAGGCGAACGCGCGCGUGUUGAUUCAGUCGAGCUGGAGUGACAUGGCUGGAGACCUGGUGAUCCCCGACAACAUUUUCUUCCUGGGGAACUGCCCGCACGACUGGUUGAUGCCGCGUGUGAGUGCUGUGGUGCAUCACGGAGGCGCUGGCACGACUGCAGCGGGUCUGUUGGCGGGGAAGCCCACGUUCAUCGUGCCGUUCUUUGGAGACCAGCAUUUUUGGGGCUGGGCGGUGUCACGAGCUGGUGUUGGUGUGACCCCGUGCCCAAUCGAGGAGCUGACGACGGAGAAGCUUCGUGCCGCGUUUGAAGAGCUGCAGAGCGAGGAGCUGCGCAACUGCGCAGUGGCCACCCAGCAGAAUAUGCAGCAGGAGGACGGCGCGGAGCAAGCGGUCCGCUGCUUUUACCGUCACUUGCCAGUGGAGAACAUGCGCUGUGAUUUGGAUCAUGUACGAGUGGCAACGAGGUGGUGUCAGCGUCGCAAGCUGAAGCUCUGUGAGGUGUGCGAUUUCGUGGUGGCGUCUCAACCGGAGAAUAUCGGCCGGAGGGUGGUAGACUAUCACUUCGUGGACUACACGGCUCGAGGCCCCUCUGAUGGUUUUGCUGGGGCUUCGUCAGGUGCUGCCGCGUUCUUCCAUGAGCUGGGUGGCGCCUUCAAAGAUGUGAUUGUGAAGCCUGCGAAGGGAUUCCGCGAGGAAGGCCCCAAGGGAGCUGUGAUUGGAGUGGUGAAGGGCGUGAGUGGACUGGUGAUCCGUCCCGUGCAUGGUGUCGCGUUGUUUGCGGAUCAUAUCGCCGCAGGUCACGCUAAUUAUUUCAAUGAAACUGGUCGUCGCAAGCGUGGAAGUGUGUUUGACAAGACGUUCAUGGCGGCUCUAGGGAAGGAGAAUGGACUGAACGAUUCCUACACGUUGGGAGGCAACUCCGACGAGCUUGAAACCCACCGAUCAAUUGGCCCCAAGAAGGAAGUUCGGAGAAAGGUCGAGCUGGACGUCACCGAUGAGGACAAGCUCAAGUACCAGGCGCGAUUCCGCGAGAUCAUGAGCGAAAAGGAGACCGAGCGCAAGUCUCUUGAUCGCAUCCAGCGGAGCUCGCACUCUUCGUCCUCCUCAUCCGGAGCAGAAAGCGAAGAGUCUUCGCCACGGGAGGGCAUCUCGAUCAUUUCCGUUGACUUCACUGCAAGCGGCAACAUCGGUUUGAACUUCAACGUUGGAAGUAAAGUGCCGGACACGAUCAGUGAGGCGAAGCUUGAGGAGUGGCGUCAGUAUUCCAAGCUGCAGAAGGUCAAGUCGGAGCGGAUCCUCAAGAAUUUCGUGGGGACCACAGUGCCGCCGAUGAAUAUCUGUCUCGCAACCAUUGGAACUUGGGACAACAACGUCAAACAACUUGUUGCUAUCGGUGUGCGGAUGGCAGCCGACGGCCAUCGAGUUCGGAUUGCGGCUCAUGAAGAAUUCCGGGCUGACAUCACGGGGCGUGGGCUCGAGUUCUACCCACUGGCCGGAGCCAUCAAGAAUUUCCACGACUUCAUCAAGUACCUGCACGACACGAAGGACGCGAACCCGAUUCAGCGACACAGGGCAGGGCGUCCGGUGCUAGGCCCCUUCAAAGACCUGGUCUACUCCCUGUGGCCUGCAGCGAACGGAGCUGAUCCUCACGGAGGCGGGCAAGAUAUCCCCGGAGAGCACUUCCGAGCGGAUGUGCUGCUGUGGCACCCGCUGCUGUUCGGCCAUGUUCACGUCGCGGAACGGUUGGGCAUUCCGCUACAGUGUUUUAGCUUGGUGCCUUUGUCGCCGACAUUUGCCAUGCCCCACGUGCUGAGCGCAACUUUCAUGGACGAUAUCAGCCAACUGGGGCGUGAGUUCAAGAAGACGAAUUGGCUGUCUUACGGCGUCGUGGAUACUGUAUUGUGGCGAGGAGUGGAGGAUAUUGUGGACGAUUUUCGAGAGCACAUUGGCUUAACUGGUCGCUGCAACCAGGCCAGCCCUCUGGUUGAAUGGAAGAUCCCACACGUGUAUCUGUGGAAUCCUAAACUGCUGCAGAGGCCAGUUGACUGGGGGCGUGAGCUGACGGUGGCAGGCUACGUUACGCUGAAGGACGAGCGUGAAAUGGCCAAGAUGCGCAAGUUCAAGUGGAGUCGAUCGCUCAACGAUUUCACGCUUGCUACCCGGGAUCCUGUUAUCUACUUCGGCGUCUCCACGUACUGCCUGGCAUCGGUUGAUAUCGAUCGGCUGCUACAGAUGAUCGACGAGGCAGCCGAGGAGGCCAAGGUGAAGAUUAUUUUCCAAGCUCGAGAGGGGAGAGCAGAUCACGCGCUGUAUCACUCGGAGAAUAUUUACGAAGUGGAGAGCGACUUCCCGUAUUCGCUGAUCCUUCGCAAGGUGGCGGCCACCAUUCACUGGGGUGAGCCCGCUAUCGUGGAAGAGGGACUCGCGGCCGGCAAGCCCGUUGGAAUCUGCGUCAGCUUGUCGUCGCAGUACUACGCCGCCUGCAUGUGCGUGUCGGCGGGUGUUGGUAUCCCGCCUAUUGAUCUGAGAACGUGCACCGCCGAGUCGUUGGUAUCGUCUUUUCAGCACAUUUUGCAGCCUGAGCUCCGAGACAAGGCUCAAGAGGCUGCCAAGACCUUCAAACCUGAGGAAGCUCUCGAGAAGGCUGUCGACACCUUCUACAUGAACCUGCCGCUCCGAGCGAUGCGCUGCGAUGUGGAUGAGAACAAGGUGGCUCGCAUAUACGACCUCCGCUUGGAGCUGAAGCUGUCGUUUGACGCGUACAUUGCCAUCCAGCCGCUCCGCAGUCACGACGACACGGACGACGUGUCAUAUAAGCCGCUGUACUACGACGGUCGUCGACCUGCCAAGUACUCGCUUCGGGACUUCGCGGAUGAUGAAGAACCGGAAGAUGUCAAGCCAACACACGGCUUGGAAUCGAUUCGCAGGGCUCUCGUGUCGUUCGCGUCGCACGAAUCGAGCCAGUCGGUGCCUCAAGCCCCCAGGUCCGUCUUGUCGAGAUUGACGAGCAGAGUUGCGCUAGUGGUCGAGAAGCCGAAGUUCUGGUCGUCGGCGCAGGAGGAAGCUGCUGACCGCAAGGUGAUCAUGGCGGCGUACGAGAGGGUCUUGCAGCAGCGUGCGGCCCAGCAGGUGAUUGAAAAGCCCCGACGAAAUUCCCUGUGUCGUCACGCUGGAGUGGCAUGA